GUGAAAAUCGAAUUCCUUUUUCCCCAUUUCUUCUUCUCCGAUUCCUGCUUGCUUCUCCUCUCAGUGUAUGUUCGUUGAAUUUGGAACUGAGCGUCGUAGUCUUCAUAGCUUCCCCACUUCCUCGCUGAAUUCAACCAUGUGAAAUCACUUAUCAGAAUAGUUCUUUUUGGUUUCUUGAUUUUUCUGUUUGUUGUUCUGCUUCUUUUCGGAUCUUUGAAAGGAUGAAUCUGAGCAGCGGCAAGGGAUCUAUGUCAACGGUUAGCUCUAGUGCGGUUUCCAAGUCCGGUGACAUAGUCUCCGACCAGUUUCCGGCGGGUCUCCGGGUACUGGUUGUGGACGAUGAUCCCACGUGCCUCAUGAUACUUGAAAAGAUGCUUCGCACUUGCCUCUACGAAGUUACGAAAUGCAAUCGAGCAGAGAUUGCGCUGUCACUUCUUAGAGAGAACAAAAAUGGGUUCGACAUUGUUAUAAGCGAUGUUCAUAUGCCAGACAUGGAUGGCUUCAAACUCUUAGAGCACAUUGGGUUAGAGAUGGACCUUCCCGUUAUUAUGAUGUCUGCAGAUGAUGGAAAGAACGUUGUUAUGAAAGGCGUGACUCACGGUGCUUGUGAUUACCUUAUAAAACCUGUGCGCAUCGAGGCUCUAAAGAAUAUAUGGCAGCAUGUGAUUCGGAAGAGAAAGAAUGAAUGGAAGGAUUUGGAGCAGUCAGGCAGUGCAGAAGAAGGAGAUCAGAAACAAAAGCCAACUGAUGAGGCGGAUUACUCAUCCUCUGCAAACGAAGGCAAUUGGAGAAAUACAAAGAAGAGGAGGGAUGAGGAUGAAGACGCCGAAGAGAGGGAUGACUCAUCCACGUUGAAGAAGCCACGAGUUGUUUGGUCAGUUGAGCUCCAUCAACAGUUUGUGGCUGCUGUAAAUCAGCUAGGAAUUGAUAAGGCUGUUCCUAAAAAAAUUCUGGAACUGAUGAAUGUCCCUGGGCUCACCAGAGAAAAUGUUGCAAGCCACCUCCAGAAAUACCGCUUGUAUCUUCGAAGGCUGAGUGGUGUUUCUCAACAUCAGGGUAACUUGAGUAACUCUUUCAUCAGCUCACAAGAGGCAACUUUUGGGGCAAUUUCUUCACUCAAUGGAACGGAUCUUCAAACUCUUGCUGCUGCAGGUCAGCUUCCACCACAAAGUCUAGCAACAUUUCAAGCAGCAGGAUUAGGUAGAUCAACUGCAAAAACUGCUAUGCCUAUGCCCCUAGUUGAUCAAAGGAACCUUUUCAGUUUUGAAAACCCAAGAUUAAGAUUUGGAGAAGGGCAACAGCAAUAUGGGAGCAGUAGCAAACCGAUGAACUUACUUCACGGUAUCCCUACCAAUAUGGAGCCAAAGCAGCUGGCUUCUUUGCACCAAUCUAAUCAGUCCCUAGGGAGCUUGAAUAUGCGAGUCAAUGCUUCUCCUUCCCAGAGCAGCCCCUUAUUAAUGCAGAUGCCUCAAUCACAACCAAGAGGUCAUGUACUUAGUGAACAUACUUUGUCUCAUGUUCCCAGGCUCCCGACAUCUAUGGGGCAGUCUCCCGUAUUGAAUGGAUCUCCCAGUAGUGUACUGGGAAGAAAUGGUAUUCCUGAUAAUAUCAGAGGAGUUUCAUAUAAUCCAGUUCCCCAAACCUCUUCAAUGUUGAACUUUCCCCUGAACCAAACCACAGAAAUGCCUGCAAGUAGUUUUCCUCUUGGAAGCGCUCCAGGUAUGCCAAGUAUCACAUCAAAAGGAAUAUACCAAGAUGGAGUUGCUUCAGGAAUGAAAGGAUCUUCUGGAUUUGCUCCAAGUUAUGAUAUCUUUAAUGAACUGCACCAGCACAAGUCCCAUGAAUGGGAGGUACAAAACAUGAGCCAGAGCCAGACAUAUGAGGCCUCUCAGCAUGCAAAUCCUUUGCAAGGCAACGUUGAUGUCCCAACAUCAGUUCUAGUCCAUCAGGGUUUCUCUUCCAACCAACAGAUUGGACAGAAUAGAGAUGCUGCUUCAGUUGGAAAAGCCAUGUUCUCCCUGGGGGAAAGCAUGGAGUCAGGCAAUUUCCAGAAUAUUGGUCAACAUCAGGGUUUCCAAAAUCCGCUUCUUGCCAACAAUUCUGUAAGGGUUAAGGCUGAAAGAACUCCUGAUGCUAACUCUCAGACAAACCUCUUCCCAGAACACUAUGGGCAGGAGGAUCUGAUGAGUGCACUUCUGAGACAGCAAGAAGGCAUUGGACCUACAGAGAAUGAGUUUGAUUUCGAUGGAUAUUCCAUGGACAACAUCCCUGUCUAGAGCAGAUGCUGCCAGUUCUCUUUCAGAUUGCAGUUGUCAAUGUAAAUAGUGUCUGUUACAUAUGGACUUCAUUACUCUGCAACUAGUUAGUUCAGAUCUGAGUUUAGAUUGUCCGAGGAACAGAAUCUGGUCGUAUCACAAAUUCGAACUUCUGGGAGUAGCAUACUAUCACGGUUUAGUCUGCAUGCUCAGAAUUGUUUGUUGUGAUGCAUCAACUACAUGUAUGCAAAAGGCAUGCAUAUCCAAUUUUUGACUGGAUGUGAUAGGAAAAUUCCUAGCAAGCUUCUAAUUUGAGGUUGUUCAUGGAAAUAUGUUUGGUUUAAGCCGGGGAUUCCGAAAGGUUUUAAACACAUGCAGACUCGUAGGAGCAGUUCUAACAUGAAUAACAAUCUAUGUUGAUCUUGCCCUUUGUUUCGCUCUCCACUUUAUUCUCUUCAAUUGAAGCAAAUGAAUGCUGUAAGAAUGUAAAUAUCUCAUUUGGUUGUUCAAGACAUUCGUCCUGGCUAUUCUUUCAAGGUUGUCUCUGUACUUAGAUAUUGCUUUUGAUUGAUAAAGCUUUUGGUGAUUUGCCCUUUUC